AUGGCGACAAAAACUAUAAUCUUGGUCUUUGGGCUGCCACUGGCCAUUAUUUACCUUCUCAUUCGCACCGCUGGAACUUCUCUCACAGAAUCUUCACCCUCAAAAUCUUCACUUGCUCUAGCAGGCACAAGCUUCCUCUGGGCACACGCCUCCCAAAUCCGCACCAACCACAACGGCGAGCCCUACCGACGCUGGAUAUCCUCCGUCCCCAACAACGGUAUAAUCCGCUUCCGUACACUAUUCAACCAAGAACGAAUUUUCUUGACGUCUACAGACGCACUAAGAGAAGUUCUCGUGACGAAUAGUUAUGAUUUCGUCAAGCCUGAGCAGGCGAGUUUUACGUUUCGGAAGAUUCUGGGGGAUGGGGUGUUGGUUGCUGAGGGGGAGAGUCAUAAGCGUCAGAGGAAGAUUUUGAUGCCCGCUUUUGCGUUCCGCCAUAUCAAAGAUUUGUAUCCUGUUUUCUGGACACAAGCUUUGAAAUCUGUACAGGCUAUCUCGACAGCUAUUCAGUCUCCAUCACUUCCAGGUCGAAGGCCCUCCAAUGUUCAAAGUACCUACGACUGGGCUAGUCGCACUACCCUUGAAAUAAUCGGCCUAGCAGGAAUAGGCUUCCCCUUCUCCUCCCUCACCAACCCCUCGGGCCCAAUCUACAAAUCCUACCACUCCCUCUUCACACAAGAACCGCCCCUCUUCCGCUGGAUCAACAUCGGCAUCUCCAUCCCCUUCCGCCCCAUCUUCCCACUCAUCAAACGCAUCUUCCCCACCCUCAAACACAGCGUGCAAACCAUCCGCGCCGUCACCUACGACCUAAUCUCUCAGAAACGCCAAGCUGCAGAAAGAGGCGAGAAGCUAGGCGUCGAUAUCCUAUCUGUUGCCAUGGAGUCGGGCGGGUUGAAUGAUGACGAGCUGGCGAAUCAGGUUAUGACUUUCUUGGCGGCUGGGCAUGAGACGACGGCGAGUGCGUUGACGUGGACGAUGUACUUGCUUUGUACGCAUCCUGAGGUACAGAGGCGGUUGAGGGAGGAGGUAAGAGGCAAGCUGGUUGAUCCCAUUACGGGGAAGUUGAAGAGUGAAGUCGAUGCUCUGGAAAUCGAUCACCUCCCUUACCUGAACGCAAUAUGCAAUGAAGUCCUCCGCAUCAUGCCAUCCGUCCCUCUUGCCAUCCGCGUCCCUAAGCGGGAUACCACGAUUCUAGGACAACAUAUCCCAAAAGGAACGCAUAUCAUCAUCGCAGCAUGGGCGAUCAAUGCUAGUAAAGAGUACUGGGGGGACGACGCGCUGGAAUUCAAUCCUGAGAGGUGGAUGGGAGAGGGGAAUGCGAAGAGUGGUGGCGUGAAGAACAAUUUUGCGAUUUUGACGUUUUUGCAUGGCCCGAGGAGUUGUAUUGGGAGGGAUUUCGCGAGGUCGGAGUUGUUGUGUUUGGCUGCGGCGUGGUUUGGGAGUUUUGAGUGUGAGUUGGAGAGGGAGGGGUUGGAGACGGAUAUGAUUGGAUGGGUGACGUUGAGGCCGGGGCAUGGGUUGCCGGUGAGGCUUAAGGAGGUUGUGGGAUAG